UCCAGACUGAACACAGAGCGUCAGAAGAACCAGUACCACCUCCACUCUGUGGCAUGUGUUGGCACUGAGGUCCACCUGGCAGCCUGCCCCCUGGAGUUCAACAAGGGUAAUGCCACAGGUUCCUGUAAGGGCGGCAUGCCAGUUGUGGUCAGCUGUGUACCUGGACCACAGUACGUACACAACAACGGACUGAAGAAGAAACUGAAAACCACGAGCACGGUGAGGCUGAAGGGUGGUGCCAAGCUGGGUGAGGGCAGAGUGGAGGUACUGAGGAACAAUGAGUGGGGCACGGUGUGUGACGACCGUUGGACCCUGCUGUCUGCCAGCGUAGUGUGUAGGGAGCUGGGCUUUGGAUCUGCCAAGGAGGCCCUGACUGGUGCUCGCAUGGGACAAGGGAUGGGUCCUAUCCACAUGAAUGAGGUCCUGUGUCUGGGGACGGAGAAGUCGAUGUGGAACUGUGGCUUUAAGAACAUAACCUCAGAGGACUGCCAGCAUGUAGAAGACGCCGCUGUGAGGUGCAACACGCCAUACAUGGCCCUGGAGAACUCGAUCCGUCUGACAGGGGCCGUACGCGGUAUGAGGGGGCGGGUGGAGGUGCUGAACACAGGAGGCUAA